AUGAAAAUCGUUGCAAUUGAACUGCUGCGUCAGGAUGGUCAGGGACAAGAUCCCCGAAUCCUCUCGGCGGCUUUUGAAGUGUCGUCUUUUGGCUAUUUCCAACGAUCGGGUGUCCGGGAGAUGAUCAACUUUUUUAGUCGCACGUUCAUUAAACGAACGGAUGCUGGCCAGCGGCAGUCGAUCCAGCACGAAGAGUACAAUUGCCACGUGCACGUCCGUCGUGACGGGUUGUCGGGGAUCGUCGUGUGUGACCAGGAGUACCCGCCUCGUGUGGCUUUUGCGCUGCUGAAUAAACUCAUGGACGAGUUUGACAAGUCCACGUGUGGCAGCUGGAAGACUCAGACCGGUAAUCCGCAGGAGUUCGGACCGUUGACGACGGCUUUGGCCGAGUACCAGGACCCUUCCAAGGCUGACAAGAUCUCGGCUAUUCAAAAGGAGCUGAAUGAGACCACGGCUGUGCUGUCAAAGACCAUUGACAAUGUGCUCGAGCGUGGAGAGAAGCUGGAUGACCUCGUGUCCAAAUCACAGGACCUCAGCAGCCAGUCGAAGGUGUUUUACAAACAGGCCAAGAAAACCAAUUCCUGCUGCGUUGUCAUGUGA